AUGAAAUUAGAAAACUACGUGACCCCAGAAAGACUUGUAGAGUACAGAGAAGUCUACGAUUUUUUCGAUCCCGAUAAAAAAGGAAGAAUACCCUGCGAAAUCCUUCUAACUGCCCUUCGUAAACUUUUCCUCAUGCCCUCCAAUUGCGAACUCGAGGAACUACUCCGAUCAGUUGAUACGAACAAUAGCAUCCUCUCCGAGGGCGUAAGCUACGAACAAUUUUGCCAGAUAUCUUCGAAGAAAGAAAAAGACGUACUCAGCGAGCAAGAUAUUCUAAAUGCUUUCUCUUUAAUCGAUUCUGAGGGAAGAGGCUAUGUAACCACCGACGACCUAAGGCAACUUCUUUGCAAUCGCGGAGACCAGCUAUCUGAAGGUGAAAUCACUGCGUUAAUUAAGGCCGCUAAAGCGACAGGAAGCGGUCAAGUCGAUUAUAAAGCCUUUAUAAAUGACAUGAUGUCAAGAAAUUGA